CCGUCACCUCUUCUUCAAGCUAAAUCUCUUACUCCUAACUAUUUUUAAAAGCCACAUUUCAAGAUGCUGCCUUUUAAGCGAACUUUCGAGCCGGAGAAGCGCCAACUGCAGGAGCUCAACUGCAGAUUGGCUCAAUAUUUAAACCGGACAAAGCAACUGGAGCAAGAAAACGCGAAUCUAAUUAGAGAAAUAAGCGAGCUGAGGCAGACUAAGACCGCGCAAUGGGAGCCCCAAUACAAAGCCGAGAUGCGGGACUUGAGGCGGACGGUGGAGCAGCUGUCGUUGGAGCGGUCCCAGGCGGAGAUGGAGAGGGAGAAGCUAUGGCUAGAGUUGCAGACCGUCCAGGCACUUUGCAGCGAGCAGACGGGCGUGUGCCGGGACAUCACGGGGGAGCUCCGGGGAUGCGAGAAGGAGCUGACCGUGGCCCACAAAACAAACGCGGAGCUGCAGCAGAGACUGGUCCAGCUAGAAGAGGAGUGCAGGCGGUUGGAGGAGGCGCACAAGCAGGAGAUACUGCGACUCAGGCAACAGGUGGAGACCCGGAUGACCCCCUCUCACUACAUGAGUGUCCAGAGCUCCCGUGGGCCCCUGCUCCCUUCUGUCACUGUGGAGGACGUCCAGGACUACGCCUUUGGGCUGUCUGAGGGCUGGGUCAGGACCUUUGACAUGUACCAGCAGAAAGUGGAGGAGAUGGAGAGGGCCAUCAGAGAGGACCAGGCACGCAUGUGUGACCUCCAGAGAGAGAAAGAGAUGUACGCCACUCAGCUGGAGAGGCUCCGAGCCCAGGCUGAGCAACAGGGGCAGGAGCAGAUGAGACUGGAGCAGGAGAUGGUCAGCAUGCAGGAGAAGUUCCACCUGGACUGUGAGGAGUAUCAGAUGGUGAUCGAUCGGCUGCAGAGGGAGAGAGAACUGAUGGCCCACAACAUGGAGCAGAAGAUGCUAGAACAUCAGCAGCUCCUUCAGCUUAAGAUGGACCUGGGGCUGGAGCUGGCUGCAUACAGGGCGCUUUUGGAGGGUGAGAGGGUCAAUCUGGAGGAGUCUCAGAGGAGGGCGAACCAGUCGAGAGAAAGAGUCAUAGAAAUCAAGAUGCCCUCUCAGGCUUACUCACCCAGAACCCCCCCCUCAACUACCCGGCUCCACACCGACUUCAGGUCCUCCCCAGCGGCUUCCUCUUACAGAAGACCCCCUGUGCCUAGACCCAGCUCUGGAACCCUCAGCCCCUCUAGGAUCGUUCCCAUUUCAGUCGCCCGCAACCAGAGCCCAGCUGCCAGGAGGGACAUGAUCUCCUUCACCAAAGCAAGGGCUGCGCAGUCUUCCACUUCCACUACCCCCUACACCACCAAAGACAAGCAACCAGAGGCUAAACCUGUACCGAAAGUAGCUAUACCCACCCACCAAAGUUCAAAAACCCAUACAGAAACAAAAGUGCUUAGUGCUACGACAAGCAAAAGGAAUGUAUCAGAGGGCAGAGAGGAAAGAAAGGCAUUUGACAAUAGCUUGAUGAAUGGCAGGCCAGAACAACCAAGCACCAAGAAGAUACUGGACACUGUGUCUGUUGAGGAGAUGAUUGAGAGGGCCAUCAAAUCAGAAGGCUCAGAAGAUUCCGGAGAAACCAAAGUCCGCUAUCACAUCGAGAAGACCCAGGAAGAAGAUGGAACCACCAAAACGCGAAUUGUUUUAGAAUCGAAGGUCGAAGAGGAGUUGGAUGUGUCAAAGGAUUCUGAUUUGGAGGAAUUUCUGCACCAAGGAACCAAGAAGAUGUCUCUGGAGGACAUCAAGGAUACAGCCACAGCAAGUAUGAUCAAGAAUCUGCUAACUGGGAUGAAGGAAGGAGAGGAUUUGUCGAACAAGUCGAUCAAUGUUGAAAUUAUUGAAGAAAAGGUGGAGAGUGUAAGUGAUGAUGAGGAGGAACCUGAGAUCAAGAAGUUAGAGAAACGUUAUCAAGAACAAACGUCAACGUAUUUUCAGAUUGAGGAGUUGGAAAACGCGCCAAGAAAAGAUAGCAAUGAACAGUGGAAAGAAGGAUUGGGUCAAGUUGAGGAGGUUUCCAGAGAAAGCGAUUCGUCUUUCAUGUCACAGGAUAAGGAACAACGAGAGUAUUUUGUCUCCACUCCGGAUGAGUUCUCGGAGACGGAGGAAGGUGGUGGGAUAACAUCGUACGGCCAUUACGGAAUUGUGGAUGAUCUUUCCGAUGAGCGAUAUUAUCAAGACGAGCUUCUCCCACUCAGAGCCACACCCGAUGAGGGCAAAGACUACAAGUUCAUGACAGGUGAUCGCCCGUCGUUUAAGGAAGGUUUUCCGGAAUGCAUCAUUGAGGAAGAGGUUCGAGUCUCACCAAUUGUGCAAAAUUCUGUUCUGGAGUUUCUUCGUGAGGACUCAUUGGAACCGAAAGAUCAGCUGCAAGGAGCUCUGGAGACGCUGCAGGAAUCCGUGUCUGGCCCUUUGAAGGAGGAGCUGGCCUACCUUACCAAAAUCAGCCGCGAGAGCCCUGACAAAGUGGCCGUAGAUGUCCGCAAGGUCUCACAGUCCAGCGAUGACGGCACCAUGACCAUCGUAGCGGAACUCAAUGUCUCUCAAACCUUGGAAGAGUCCGGCUUGCUGGACGAGAGUGGAGAUUUUUCGGAGGAGCAGCUCAUGGCAGCUUUAAGAGGAGCAGGUCUGGAGAAGGCGUUGCAGGGCGGAGCCAGUGGAGGGUACAGCAUCAAGGUGUCCACAGAGGAGGAGGAGUUUGGGGGCAUAUCCGAGAAGGACAUCAUGGAGAAGCUGAUGAAAGGAGAGACAUCCUACAGCUACAAAGUUGAGGGAGGUUCAGAGGAGGAUACGACUGGAGGUGUUGUGAAGGAGCAGAGGAUUGUGUAUCUGGAAAGUCCAGAUGAUUAGGAGGACACUGUGGGUUUGUGAUAGCACUUAAGGGAGAAGUAAUGACUGUGAGAAAAUGUUAGCUUCCAUGCAUUGGAGUUUUUAGCUACUUUGUCAGUUGAUGUACAUUUUAAAGGUGCACUAUGUAACUUUUCUAGUGGAGGAUUUGUCACAUGCUUGUCUUUAUCUAUGGAGAUGUUAUUGCUUUGCCUGGAAUUUGUGGAUAGGGAACCCAGAUCACAGUAAGAAUGCAUGAUUUACAAAGUGUUUUUGAGCAAUAAAAACACCUUUAAUGGAAGAAAGGCAAGAUAGAUUAUUUUGAUAUCAUGGACGUUUACAGGCAAAGCAAUAACAUUUCCAUGCAAACAAGCAGGUGGCGUAACCUUCACCAGAAAAGUUCCAUAGUAUACCUUUAAUAUAUCUUAACAUUAUAGUAAAAUUGAUCGUUCAUAGAUACUAAUCAGUGUGUCUGUGUCAGUCAGAAAGUGACAAACAAAAAGGCAAUAUUAAAAUAAAUUUAAAAAAUAGCAAAAGUGAAUUAGUAAAACUGGCAUACUUAAGAUAGCAUCUUAAAUAAUAGAAUUUUUUAAUCUGGUUAUUGAGUGUGAUGACAUUGCAUUAACAAUAAUUUGAUAAUAUAUUGUGCAGUCCUAAUAUGUAAUAGCAUGGUUAUUAAUGGGACAACUUCUAAAAUACAGUAUGUGAUUGCUUUUCAAAUCAAAACCAGACCAAACUAUUCUUGAUUUUUUUCUAACCCUUUUUUUUUUUUUUUUAAACAAAAUAUAAAUUAUUAUUUUAAUUUGCAAUAAAAAGAAACAUUUCUCAGCUACACAUUUAAAAAAAAAUAUAAAUUCAAAUUAUAAAAUGCAGGCAAUGGGCAGUUGGUUUGGUAGGAGAGACAUGCUGUAAAAAAGUGAUGUGUAAAAAAUCUUUAUUAUAGCUUUAACACUGGUGCUUUACUAAUGCUCUGAAUUUGAACUGACUGUGGCUACUUUUGUGGUGGUGGUCUCCUUGGUUAUUGCUUUGCCUGGAAUAUUCCUCAGUAUAGCAUUAAACAUAUUUUUUAUGGAAUUUAUGGCAAUUAAAAACACGUUUAUUUGAAUAAGCGCACUUGAGAUACAUGAACACAAGCAGGUGGCAGACCCCCUAUUAAAACAUUAAAAAAAGUUACACAGUUCACCUUUAAAUACAGAUAUUGUAGCAAUGCCACAUUCUAUCUGCUGACAACUCUAUGCAGGGGUCUUAAACUUUACUUGGUUCUAGAUCGCUAAUAUAUUUUUCUACUAACCUGGUGUACAGCUUAACCUCUGCCUCUGUCUCUGUCAUGGCUGCCACGUUUUGAUGUCUCACCUAAGCACUGUGCAGCACUUGUAAUCAUUGUUGGAAUGUUAUGCACCAUAUCCAUGUCUUCUUAUGAGGUCGAUUAGUACGUGUUCACUUGACAUUACAGCAUUUUAGUCUCGGUAUAGUUUAAACAGAGCUGGAGGAGAGGUCAGAAUACUAUGGUGGAAUUUGCUGUUCAAUAGUCUGAUAUUUUGACCUGGUUUACGGGUUGUGUCUCUGUAAUUAUUGGACCUGUCUUCAUGAAACAAUGAUAAUAGCUUCAGAAAGUGUGUUCAGAAAGCUUUUUGUCAGUUGAAAGGACCAGAAGAUUAAUGUGACAACAUUUGUGGAUAAUAAUUUUGGAAGUUUCUUUCAAAACAGUGAAUCUACCAUAGAGUUAUGUAGGCCCUGCCCUCCAUCUGAAAUCAUAACAGCAAUUCUUACACAACUUAUUUCAGUUGAAGUCAGCACAGUUGGGGUCUUAAUAUCGCUAACACAGCUGGAUAGAACAAAAUGCAAUAUUAAAGGUCCCAUAUUAUGCAAAUUCAAUCAAAUCAGACUCUCUUGGAAGUGCUCUUUCUUGCAUGUUUUUCAAGUUCAUAGGGGGUGGGCAACUGACUUUAUCUAGUUUUUCAUUAUAUUGUCUAUUGUCAAUGUGUGAAUUUUAUCAUCAAUGUUCCAUAUCACUGGAUCUGACAAAUAAGUUGAGUUUUGGAUCUCAAUACACUCUAUUCUGCAAAUCUGCAAAAUGAACACUCUGGUAUAUUAAGUCAUAUUUGGCUAAACCAAAUACCAGAAAAUUAUUAUAAGCAGUAGAGCAUAAUGUGAUAUGAUAUUUCUGGACUGUUUUAUAGUGAGAUAUUAAAGCCACAGUAUGUAACUUUUGCCAAAAAUAGACUAAAAUAAAAACAUGUUUAUUCAUUAUGGAUGUCUUUAUUGCACUGAGCAGGCUUGCAUCUCCACAAACCUGACUCUUAUUUGGGCUGUGGGAGGGCCUCUACAAAACUAAACUAUACAAAUUUAAAGAUAUUCAGUUUAUAAUUACCACCUCUUUAGUCCAAUCUCCCCCAUGUCUAUCACUGCCUGCUCAUGUGUGUUGUCAGUUAGGAGACUCAGCUUUGGUCUUGGACUGGCUCCGGGCUGGUUCCUGACCUGGACUAUUUCUAGCCCUCAGGAGCUUAGAGCCAGAGGGACGAGGACUUGAUGUGUUUGUGCCAAGACAGAUACGUGACUGCAGUCUGCUCCAGUAUCAUGUAGUGCCCUUUCACCAUUAUCACCACUGUUCACUGUGUUCACUAUUGAAGACAACGCCUGUAUGUCUGACACUGAUGUGCUCCACUCCUAUUCACACGGGAUUGUGUCUUUAUCAUGUUCAUCUGGAUGUAGAAUAUAUGCACACCAUGUUCCACAAAUGGUGCCAUUUCAGAAUGUCUUUAAUGAGAAUAAAACAUGAAUGUACACAA